CCCCGCCCAAAAUGGGGAUUAUUGCGUUCGGAUCUGGUGGUCCUUCAAGCUCGUCCUCCGAUGCCGCGGAACGGAUCAACAGCGGCUUGCUCACAGCCCUCGAAACGUCAGUCAUGGCCGUGGCACGGGAAAAAAGCAAAGGUCUCAGCGGCGCAAAACAAUCAGCGACAGCAACUUAAACCGCUAUUGCAAUGGCUUCUUCCUCUUGCCGUUAGCGGUGCUGUGCUGCUUGGCCUCUACUGCCUGUUCUCUUUUUUCGUGGUAGAAUGGCCCCACGAUGAUCGAGUGCUCCUCGUGCUGCUGUGCUACAUUGGUGGAGUGGUCUUGGUCGAAGCCGCCGAAAGUGCCAUCAAAAGGUUUGGGGGCGUGCACCCGGCUGUCGCUCACUUCAGGGCCGACGCUUCCACGUACAUGGCGUCCUUCGUAAUAGUAGUGGUGGUAGUCACGCAGGGCGUGUGGAGCAGAAUAGGGGACCUCCGGUCUUCUCUCGCUGUGCUUUCCUGUGGCUUCCUCGUUUAUCAGGUUGCACCGCUUCUCGGCGGUCACCAACCGGAAGGCGGGGUAUCUCCUCGGCCAGCCCAGGGCAGUGAUGGUGGUCACAGCCUUCCUUUUCGGAAGCGGAUUUGGAAAGCCGUUAAAAAGUGCAUCCCCACCGCCGUUGGCGUCUUGCUGUCUACUGCGGCCACCUUCGUGACAGGCGGUGGAUUAUUACUCGGGCUUGAGAUAGCCGGGGCUGCGUGGACCGCUUUCCAAGAAAUGCGCCUGGCGCUCCGCGAGGGGCGGCCAGAGACGCAGGAAACACCCUGCUCGACUCAAGACGUUUCUCUGCAAGGUGUCGUUACUUGGUUCACUUCAGGGCCAAUGCGGCGUGUAUGGUCUCCCGUCCUACUGCCCACCCUCCUGCUCUGGGUCACGUACCGCACAGUAUGCUCGUGGCCAGAGGAUUGCACGGAAUGGCUGGUGUUCCUGCUGAAGGCGUCGGCGACGAGUGUGUGCACCACGCACCUCAUGCAACAAACUGUGCGUGAGGCUGUCACAUCGGCGCAAGACAAUGGAAGUAGCGGUUCCACCACGUGGGCCGACAAGGCUUUCGAGUGCUUGCGUUGCGUCUGUUGCGUGGCCGCGUGGACUCUCCUCCUGCUGUGCUCUUUCACAGUGUUAGGACACCACGAAAGCUUUGUAGGAAUUCUGGCGGUGGUUCUUGUCGUCACUAUCGUGGCCUUCCGAAUCCGUUGCGAGAGAACCUGGCGCGGGUUGAUGCUAGUGUUUUCGGUGACUCUGCUGGCAAUAAUGGUCAGGGUAGCCUGUGUGAAACUCUUUCACAUUUUCGAGGUUUUCAACCGAGUGAGGUCCAAAGACGUCGUCGCCCGCUCUCGGUGGUCCCGCUUCAUCCUGAGUUAUUUUUAUCGUUUCAUCCAGGGCUUUAAAGAUUUCUUGGAACUCCGUGAACAUGAACGCGCCGAUAGUUGGUCUGUUUGCCAUUAAUGCCGGGCGCUUGGUUCGGUUCCGUGGUCCCUUUGAGCACCGUCUGCGGUUGGCCCUAGAUGGUGAGUUGGAUGUAUCGCUUUGUCAUCGUUCGUUUGAAGUGUUGUAGCAGUAUUAGCGGAUGUUCGUUAGGGCCAUCUCGCUCUUGCCGCAAAGGUCAACUAACUGUGUGUUUUCGUGACUGGUGAUGUCGGACAAGAUCGUUAGAGCAAACUUGUGUAGGGGCGAGAGUCGUGUUACUCAUUUUGGAUACGCUCUUUGUGCGUAUCCUCGCUUUCGUUGCGGAUUCUGACGACUCGUAGUACUUAAAAUUUCGUAUUGAAGUUUGUACGUUCGUGGUUAUAAUGGUACUGUUGUAUGGGAUGUUGAAAGAUUAGAGCAACGUUUAGUUGGGUGCAGUUUUCGUUGUAUACGGUAUCACCGUGAAUGGCUGUUUAUCAUUCACAAACAGAAGCAAUACCUUUUUCGUAGAGCACACGCCAUGAUUCACGAUCAUCUUCGAGGAGAGAGGGUGCACACGAUGGGUGACCAGCUUACAGUCGGGGUCCCUCUACAGUGCGGGUUAUAUAGUGCGGGUGCCCGCUAUAGUGCGGGUGGAAUCGCUUGGCACAACUUGAACCCCUCUAUAGUGCGGGUUUGAUCCCUCUCCAGACCCUCGAUAGUACGGGUUCUGACAUUUCUUCGUUUUUUGUUUUUUUGUAUCGAAUGUGUUUUUUUGUAUCGUGUGUGGAAUGUGGGUCAGUUUAUUGCGGGUGUUCGUCAGUUUUUUUUUCUUCGUGCGUUCACCCCACCUACAGUAGCCCCCGAAAAAAUGGUGUUGCUUUGCGUAGUGACGUUUUGUGAAAGAAACUGAGAAGCAGAGUCUUUGCCUGUGUCGUCUUUGCUUUUGGAGUGUUCCCCCCUUUGCUUUUCGCAUCUGUGGGUUACUCUGGAGUGGUUUUGAAGGUUAUUUUUCGAAGACGUUCCUCGGUUGUGUGUGAGGAUGGAUGCGGACGUGUUCCAUUUGGCUCGUAGACAUUGUCCUCUCAAUAAUUUAAUAAUAUUUAAGGGG